AACAAUACAUAUCUACCUUCCUUUUUCUGCACAUUGCAUGCCUUGGAAGGCCCACAUCUCUCAGUAGAUGAAACUCAUCACGUUAAAGAUGAGAAGUUUGUGCCUUUGAACAGAUAAGAAAGUGAAAGGUGCCAAAUGCUUGCCAUCUGCCCAUGAAUUUUGGGUGUUUUUGGUUUCAGUUUUCGAGGAGAAUUCUGGCUUUCCUUCAGUUAUUAUCAGGUGAAAAUUCCUUAUUCACUGUCACUUUUUUUUUCUUGGGAUUUGGUUUGGUAAACAUGGAGCUGAUCUGAAAAAUCCUACUUAUAUCCCCAUCUCAGUCUCACAAAAUUCAAGUUCCCAAGAACCAAGCUUUAUGAAAUGGUGAUUUAUGUUUUGAUUCACUAAAUUCAUCACAAGAUUCUAUGAACUGGGAAUGUAUGCUCAUAUAAAAUCACCAGAAAUUCAGUAGCACGAGCUACAAAACUGUAAAGAUUCAGAAUUACUGGAGAAUCUGUGCAAGUGAUGGUUCUUCAAUGGGUAAGAUGAAGAGCUGGCUCAAUCUAUUGAAGGGGUUUUUUCUCUUGGAGACAUAUUCAAAAACAGAAAAGAAGGAGAAGAGAGGGAAAUGGAUGUUUGGAAGGGCUAAGGUCAAAAGGUUACCUUCCAUUGCAGCACCAUCACCACCAAGAGACAGAACACUAAAUGAACCAGAGGAAGAACAGGGCAGGCAUGCUUUGACUGUGGCUCUGGCCACAGCUGCUGCAGCUGAAGCAGCUGUUGCAGCAGCUCAUGCUGCAGCUGAGGUUGUCCGGCUCACUAGUACUCCUCAAUCAACCCGAAAAUGCCAAGAAGAAAGAGAAGCAUACACAGUUGACAUUCAAGCAGAUUCCCCUAAAUGUACCGUUGCAUAUGAGAGGAGGAUCCAAGAACUAGCUGUCAUUAAAAUUCAGAGUGCCUUUAGAGGCUACCUUGCUAGGAAAGCUUUGAGGGCAUUGAAGGGGAUAGUGAAGCUUCAAGCAAUCAUCAGAGGCCGAGUUGUUAGAUGCCAAGCCAUGACUACCCUAAAAUGCUUGCAGUCCAUGGUAAAUAUACAGUCACAGGUUUGUGCAAGGAGAUUCCAGAUUGCAGAAACUGCAUCUCAUUUUGAUGAAAACAAACAGCUUCCACAGACAUUUAAAGACAAGAUCAUAAAGGUUGAUACAAACAGUCAGAAAAGAUGGGAUGAUAGCACUCUGACAAAGAAAGAGGCAGAAGCCAUGGUUUUAAGCAAGAAAGAAGCUGCAAUCAAGAGAGAAAGGAUAAAGGAAUAUGCAUAUACUCAUCGAAAGUCAGCAGAAUGUGAACUGAACAAGGGUAAUGGGAGAUGGAAGUACUGGUUGGAUAACUGGGUGGAUACCCAAGUUGCUAGAAGCAAAGAACUUGAAGUUUUAGACUCAGUUUGGACUUCAAAUCCAAAGCCUGCAGUGGAGGACAGAGCAAAACACUUGAAACUGAGGACUUUUCGGAGACAAUAUCCUGGUGAAGAGCUGCAGUCUCCUGUAUUCAUUCCACGAAGAUCAUUCCAUCACAGAAAGCAGUGUUCACUGGGGGAGGACAAUUCCUUCCCUGCCUCUCCUGUUGUUCCAACUUACAUGGUUGCAACAGAAUCUGCCAAGGCAAAGGUAAGAUCACUGAGCUCACCAAAGCUGAGGCCAGGAAGUUAUGACACUCACUCUGAAAGCUACUCUCCCUAUAAGAAUAAGCUCUCUCUUAUAUCUUCUGUCACAACUGAAGUCCCAAGCAAUUACCGGAUGGGCAGGGCUUUCCAGCCGAGCUCUCCACGGCUGAAGGGCCUAAAUGGCCCGCCAGGUCCUGUAAAAUCAAGCCGGACUCUGAAGGACCUCACCUUGAACUCAGAUUGCCCGUUGCCUUAUCGGGAUCAGCAAAACACCUUCGGGUGAUUGCCAGUCACUGGAUGCCAGAAGAGGGACAUGUUAGUGUGUUGGUUUCUACUUUAGAUAUAUGUUAGUCUGUAACUAGGAAUAAAAUGGACAGGCAAAUUGACUGAAUUUAAGAGACUCUGAUUCCAUAGUUGCAGAACAAAGAAAAUAACUUUUCAAAUACAGAAUCCUUACUUCA